AUGGCAUCACAAAUAGCAGGGCAGAUGCUGUGUGCACUGCGUUAUUUACACAGCAGGGAAAUAGCACACUGCGACAUAAAACUCGAGAACAUUCUGCUGGCAGCGGAAUUAGAUGACUCCGAAGCGACAGGAGAUGGCGCGAGCAGCGAGGAAGAAGAAGCAGCGCUCAUGCAGCAGCAAGAGCUGGAGCUGCAACAGCAGCAGCUACUGCAGCAGGAACAGGAAAGAAACACCUGCGCAAACAGUAGGGCGCGCCCUAGCCUGCGGCGACAAACUGGCCACAACAGCAGCAGCAGCAUCAACAGCAGCAGCAGCUUGAAUGCUUUGUCGGUGGUACCGAUGGUGCUGCGAAAGCGGCGCGGCUUAGGAGGCGGAGAUGGCGAGCGCAGUGAACCCAUAGGUAGAGACAAGGAGACAGACAAAACAAGAGAGAGAGACAGAGGCAAAGCGAUAGACAGGAGCAGCAGGAACUUGUCGCUACCUGUUGCCAGAGACAGUCCCAGCGAUUCCACGCAUUCUCUUGUCGGCAAAUUUCGAAGGAAAAAUAUUACUGUAAAACUCGCAGACUUUGGACUUGCAAAGAAGAUCGUACGAGGCAGGCCGAGACAGAAGCUGGAGGUUGGUGGUGGUGCUUUUUUUCGGCUGUGUUUGUCUCGUUCUCCUCUUUUUUUCUGUGAUGUCUUCGUUUCUGCAUUUCUUUCUGUAGCUUUGCUGUCAUUUCUCUUCUCCGGUUCUUCUGUCUGUGUCCUCUGCGGCCAUAUUCGUGUGUGCCCCAGCUUGUGUGUAGAAGGCACGCUGUACUACCGCUCCCCCUGGCAGAUUCUGCACGGGGUGGAGGGGGACGAGCGCAGCGACUUGUGGGCGUUGGGCGUCGCUCUUUUUAUUCUUUUUUCGGGCUAUCCGCCUUUCAACGGUGACGACAAAGCGUCCAUCGAUCGAGCCAUUACAGACACACCGGUCUCCUUCAACGGGGGCGUUUGGCCCAGUCUGUCUCUGCCCUGUUUGGGCUUCUUGAGGGCCCUCCUUUACAACCCUCUGCUGCCGCUGCAUCUCAGGGGGCCUCCGCCUCCUCCCCCGUACGGACAGCCUACCGCAGAACGCAUGCUCAAACACCCCUGGCUGCAGCAAUGCUUUCGAGAAGAGAGACGCCGUCUGAUGCGUGCGGUGUCUGCUCCAUCAAUGAACUUCCUGGACGAUCCGUCUCCUACUUCCGUCACAUCUUCAGGUGGCGAUUCCUCUCCUUUUUCCGCCUCUCGCAUUUCUCUCUUGUCUCCUUCUGUCAGCUGCAGCAGCUUGCAGCAUGCGAGGAAAGCCCCGUCGGAUCCGGCUGUGCAGACAAGCUGGCUGUCUUUCAAGCCGCAGGACAGCGCAAGGGGACUGCAGGAGACUGUGGCUAGGGCUGCGUCGGAUCCUCCGCUGCUGCAGCACUUCCGGCAGACGCAUUCGGCUCCAGCAGCAGCGGCGGCAACAGCAACGGGCAGACGAGGGAGCGUCUCCUGCUGCAGCUGCUGCAGCGCGUGGAGGUGCCCCUUCGGAUGUGCUGCUUUCCCCAAACAGCAGAAGGAACAGAACAAACUGAGAAUAUGCUGGGGUCUGAUGCGUGCGGUGUCUGCUCCAUCAAUGAACUUCCUGGACGAUCCGUCUCCUACUUCCGUCACAUCUUCAGGUGGCGAUUCCUCUCCUUUUUCCGCCUCUCGCAUUUCUCUCUUGUCUCCUUCUGUCAGCUGCAGCAGCUUGCAGCAUGCGAGGAAAGCCCCGUCGGAUCCGGCUGUGCAGACAAGCUGGCUGUCUUUCAAGCCGCAGGACAGCGCAAGGGGACUGCAGGAGACUGUGGCUAGGGCUGCGUCGGAUCCUCCGCUGCUGCAGCACUUCCGGCAGACGCAUUCGGCUCCAGCAGCAGCGGCGGCAACAGCAACGGGCAGACGAGGGAGCGUCUCCUGCUGCAGCUGCUGCAGCGCGUGGAGGUGCCCCUUCGGAUGUGCUGCUUUCCCCAAACAGCAGAAGGAACAGAACAAACUGAGAAUAUGCUGGGGUAGGGCUCCUCUUGUUGCAGGAGAUGAGCUGCUACUGCCACAACAGCGGCAGGAUCAGCAGCAGCAGCAGAAACGGGCGAGGGCGCCGGGUUCUGAGGGAGGGGUGGGGGGCUCGGUCGUGCCUGCCGAACAAGAAGAGGGUCUGCUGAGAAGUGUGGAGACAGGCAAAGACAGAAAUAAACAAGCAAACGAGACAAACAGUGGAGAAAUAUGUGAAGACCCAAACGGAGACAAGAAGUGCUGCGUGCUGCAGGCGUUCGGUGUACGCGCGUUGCGGUGUGUCUCCUGUGAGGGGGAAGAGGCUUUGAACUUUUUAUCAGAAUGCAGCAGCGACUGGCGGGGCCUGCCGGCAUGCAGCGCGGAGCAGUUGCAGCCUCAUGUGCGGCUGACAUGCCCUAUUUCAGGUCUACUGGGGCUGGAGAGUUGUGUAGCAGCAACAAAUGCUGCCGCUGCCGCAGCAGCAGCAGCAGCAGGGGUGGCCAAGGCGGUACACCGCGAAGCAGCAGCGCAUCUCCAGGGACCGCAGCAAGGCCCUCCCUUGGAAAACGUGCCGCAUUUUCAUCUCCCAGGCGUUACGUUGCCUGCUUCAACUGUCUGCAGCAGCAGCAGGAGUCGCUGUUACUGCAGCACCAGUGGUCCUGAGUUUAACAAAAGAGAAGAAGCCACUGACGCCACAGUCAUUCCUGCUUGUUGCCGGUACAACUUGACCAGCAAGAGCAGCAGCAGCAGCAGUAGGAGUUGCUGCAUAGCGGUGGCUGACUGGCUGAUGGUAGAGUUGUUUGAAGCCCGCGUUUUACUGCUGCUAUUGGCAGCUGCGUGGCUCGAGUUUGCUUCGCUGAGUCCGCUGCAAAAGGCGCUGCGCUCCGUAGUUGCGAAACUAAUGGAGAACGACGAACUCUUCAGACCCGUCAGGGAUGUCUUGUGGGUCCUCGACCCCCAACAGUCAGGACAUGUUUCUUGGCAGUGUUUGCUCGAUAGUCUGAAGGUCGUUCGCGAUUUCUUUCGGUUGGAGGCCUUUCUUAGAGAUGGAGACACAACGAACAGUGACACCACAGACCCAGCACACAACUUUCCACCGCUGCAUCCUAGCGGCAACCAUUUGUGUUGGAGCAGGAAAACCGAAAUCAGCAGCCACAAUAGCAGCAACAGCAGCAGCUGCCGCUGGAGGAGCAGCAAUUUGCCGGCGUCUCCUCUGCAGACGAUUUUGGCGUUCGCCGGUUUGUCUGCGGGGGAGGGGCCGCAGCUGUCGGACUUGCUGCCGUUCUGUGACGUUCUGGACAACGCCUUCAAGGAACGGGCUGGUGCAGCAUUGAGUGACGGCGCGAACUCCAACUCUUCCUCGGCAGAGACGCAGUCAUCCGUCGGAUGUCAUCGAUCAGGAGACGAAGCCCACGGGGACGCCGAAGGACAGAAACGGGCAGGGGCAGCAGCAGCAACUGCAGCAGAACCCUCUGCAUCAGAAAGCACAGAGAGCCCGUCUUGUUUGAUGGAAGAGGCUUUGGUGUGUCUCGACACCGAUGGGAGCGGGGCCGUUGAAUUCGACGAAUUUUUGGCCGCAUCGAUGACCCGCCCUGAUUUUCUCGAAAGAACCCCAACGUGCAGCGUGGCAUUUCGGUUGUUGGAUCGCAACGUGGACGGUUUUGUAUCGGCGAAUGACUUGUUGACGAUUUUGCAUUUUGAUGCGAAGUCGGACUUGAAGCGUGUUUUUGAGGCCCAGAAGAAGCGGGCAGACGUAGCAGUUGCAUCUCUUUUGAGUGCUACUGCUGCUGCUGCUGCUGCUGGGGCGCCUCCUCCGCCUGGGACUGUGCUGGAUGAAACGGAGUUGGUUUCGGGAGUUGAUGAACACGGAAAUACUUUUGAAGUCCCCGCAGGUGCGGCCUAUAUACUGCAGCUCGAAGGUGUCAGUGCAGCCACUGCUCCGGUGUACGUACAGGUCGUCCGCGAGCUCAAGGCGACGCAGCCAAAUGCAAACGGCUUAUGGACUUUCGAGGACUUCAUGAACCUGCUCUAG